AUGGCUUCAUCGAUAGUAAUAGAAACAAGUGACAACGAGUUCGAUAGUCAACGAGAAGAGUUUCAAUUGUUACAGAACGCUAUUCCUCAGCAAACAGUGACGUCUCUAUUUGCAUGUGGACAUCCAUUAAUUAGAUCUCCAAAAGAUGCUAUUAAAUUUCUUUUCCCCAAACAUUAUUACCAUUUACGGCACGAUAUUGAACGUAAAAUACUUCAUCAUGAUGUGUCCCAACAAGAACUUGAUGCUGCCGCUAAAUUCGGUCGAUUUUCUCAACGACCCAGUGAUCUCUUUCUCAAACUAUUCUACGGUGUAAUUUGUACACUUCAACACAACCCAUUAGCUGGUUGUGUAUCACCAUCAUUAAUUGGUUCGACAGGAGUAAUUCCACUCACAAUCAUUUCUACCAUCCCCGAUAUUAUGUACCACUAUUAUCAUGUAAUUGUUCACGCUCAAAAAGAAAUUUUAUUUGCUACGAUGUAUUGGGAAAAUAGUGAAAGUGCCAAUAUUAUUAGCAAAGCUUUUCGAGAUUUAAGUGAACGCGCUGGCUAUGAAAAUCGCCGUGUCAUCAUCAAACUCAUGAUGGAUCAUCCAACCAUAUCAAAUGCACUGCAUAUUCAUUCUAUUAUUCCAUCAAAUAAGUGGUCCUUUUACGGUAUCCCUAGUCCAGAAGAAAUAUCAAAUAUUUCAUUGGAAGUUCAUAACUAUCAUCGUAUCAUUAUGGGCACAUUUCAUGCGAAAUUUUUAAUUGUGGAUCGAAAACUUGUUCUCUUGAAUAGUAAUAAUGUUCAAGAUCGACCCAAUCUUGAAAUGAUGUCACAAUUUGAAGGUGAUAUUGUCAAUUCGUUUUACGACACAUUUCUUAUUUCUUGGUCGUUACCUUUUCAACCGAAUCUUGUCUGUUUAAAUGAUAAUGUACCAACGGAACAGUAUUUUCAUUUUGAUAUCGAUAGUGCGGCUAUUGCAUCGGUAAAAGAAUCGUCGUGUGAGGCAAUAGCCCGAGUUCCAUCACGAUUCAAAAAUGUCGAAUUAGAAAAAACAGAGAUCUAUCUCGAUGAACCCGAAUUAUCUUCGUUCGAGGAUCAAGACUUCUCGCCUAUUAAAGAUAACAAAUGCAAUGGAGGUACUUUAUCUGUUAAUGUCUCUCGAGCGGCUAACUAUAGUCGAGCUUUACAUUUGCCAAAUGUUCUUAUCAAAGCAGCAAAUAAUAUCGUGGACGCUGCGACCAAGUACAAUACAGAUUCACGAUCGCAAUCCAUUCUCACGGAACAUUUGAAUAAAUCUUCGAAACAUGUUCGUUUUGUCACAGCCGAUAAAAAUAUGUCGUCUACAGAAAUCGAAGCAUUGUCCUUAGAAUUCAAUCCAUUUCUCUUUCAUCGUCCACAUGAACCGUUUCCUAUUGCUUUAGUCAAUCGAUUACCUCAGGGUAUACCUAUCUAUAGGGAUACGACAAAUCCACAAGAUGCAGCCUGGAUGGGUGCAUUUCGAUAUGCCCAAAAAUCGAUUUUUAUUCAGUCUCCGACGUUAAAUGCUUCAUCAGCUAUUGAUGGUAUUAUCACUGCUUGUCGACGUGGAAUCAAAGUAACAUUAUGGCUUGGUUUGGGCUUCAAUGAUCUCAGAGAAGGUCGUGGAACAUUUCAAGGAGGAACCAAUAAACAUGUCGUAAAGAAAUUGUACAGAGAAUUAAUGAAAACCAACGAUGGAACAGAGCAAAAUCUUGAAACAUUCUGGUACACUGCGAAAGACCAAAUGCGUCCUCUUCAUUUUCGCCAAAAGAAACGUAACUGUCACAUUAAAUUUAUGUCAAUCGAUGGACAAGUUGCCAUUAUGGGUAGCGCAAAUAUGGACAGUCUAUCGUGGUUUCAUUCACAAGUAAGUGAAUGAAAAAUUGACUGCCACAUUCUCAAUAUUUUGAAUAUUAUAGGAGAUCAAUGUAAUGAUUGAUUCACCUAUGAUCGUCAAAGAUUGGAUGGAUGCUUUGUAUAGAGAUCAAGAGACUAAUGCUUACGGCAGACUAAAUAGCAAUGGAAUAUGGCGCAAUGCUCAUGGACAGUUGAAUCCUAAAAAUGGCAAAUAAUAUACCAUGUGUCUUUUAAUAUGUCUCUGUCGAUACAUUCAUUUUGUGAAACAUGAUCUACAAGAAAUAGGGUGUGGGCGUGGUUGUGAGGUAUGGACGCAGUUGUUGAUGGAGAUGUAUGUGUAAGAAAAAAGUUACCAACAUUCACAUUCACUCUCAAAAUGGUGAGUUAAGGAGCCCACAAUGUCUAGCGUUUCUCCUUGCGCAAAUGCAUCUAAAAAGCGCACAUUAUGAAUGACUUUUUUGUUCAUGCAAUAAAAAGGCUUCUGACGCUUAUACACGUCGGCGACUCCCAAAAGGGUUAAUGAAGAAUUUAAUUUUACUUAUCUAUGAAAAAUCCUUAUAUUCAAAUCGAAUAUUUCAAGCUUGUAUUAAAGCAUCCCACCCAAAAAAUUGAUUUCUAAUAUUUUAUUAAUUCAUGUUUUAAUCAUUGAAAAAGCAUUGAUUUCUUAAUUUUUAUCAAAUAAAUUAUGAGAUAAAUAUUGGGGGUGAAAAAAACUUUUCGAUUUAUAUUAUCGAAUCUAUUACUUUAAGUAUACCAUUAGAAAUUAAAUAGAGAAAAAAAAAGUUACUACGAAUAGUUUUCUAGAUGAAAAAAGUACUUUUAUCUUGGUCAUAAUAAUACUAUUACUAUAAAAUAUUAAUUCAAUCGAAUAAUUCAUUCAGUUAUUUUCUUAAACUUUCUCUUAUUGAACAAGUAAUUAAAACAAUGAGAUUUGACGUAGUUUCAAAAUUUCAUUUAAUCAACUAGCUAGAAACUUUUUUUUAUUCUAAAAGAUUAAUACUUUCAUAUGGUAAGUUGAAUCAAGGACAUCACCAAAGUAUGUUUAUCUGUAAUGAUGAUUUUCUUUCAAAAAACAAAUUACUGUCGAACUUCAUUUAAUCGAUACUCAUCAUCAUAUGUCAAUGCAGACCGAUAUACGGCCUACAUUUCCUUUUAUUGAUGUGGUAUGUGUUAUAAGAAGAAAUAUUCAUAUGAAGCAAAAAAAUAAAAUUAAAUUAAAGACUUUGUAAAGUAGAAUUGUUGUCUAAAAAAAAAGACAUGAAAAUUUUUUUCAAUGAUGGAGAUGGUCGAGGUCGUCAGGGAGUCUCACGAGGGAAGGUCCCCAACUGAUCAAUCGCUUUUGCGUUGAGACCAUGUGCAUUAUGUAGGUACAAAUGAGCUAUGAAUAUCCUGAAAAAAAGUUCGGGCUGCUAGCUUCUUGGU